AGUUUGUGAAUAUAUUUAUAGUGAAAGUGAGUGAUAGUCGACGUCAUGAGUGUUGUAUUGAAAGCAUUGAAAACAAUUCGAAAACAAAUGACUUCAAAAUGGCUGUCGUUUUGAAUAUGUUUUCAAUGAAUGUUUAAGACAUGAUUUGAGAGUCAUUUUACUGCUGAAGACAACACAUCUGACCAUUUGGUGCUUUGAAUCGGUGGUCAACUAUGGCCUUGUCUUCAUCUACAGCCACAACAAUGUCCGCCAAAAGAAAUAGAAGUAAAGUAAGCCUUAGUAGUGAAGAUGAAAGCAAUUCAUCCAAACGACUCAAACCCGAUUGUUGUCGUGUGAAUGACAUCAUUGGUUUGAAUAAGUCUCGUAUUUAUAACUUUGGUUAUCGCAAAAAGCCGGCCGAACUGUUCCGAAAAGAUCUUAUAUCGGCAAUGAAAAUGGCGGAUACGGAACAAUUAAAUCGCGAAGAAUAUUUGCCAAUAACUGAUUCGUGGAGAGAGGAAUGGGAGAAAGGAGUUCAGGUUGCCGUAAAUCCUGAUCUUUUGCCCGAACCUAUGGUUAGAACACUUCGUGAAUGUGAAACCAGUGAAACACCUUUCAAAUUGCCGAAGAAAUUAAUUAAGAGUCGUCCCGAAACGGAACCAAUUGCUUCCAAAUAUGAAUUAGAUUUACAAGAUUUAUGUUGGUUGGAAGCAAUGGCCGAAAAUGAUAAUAUGAUUCAAAUAAGUGAUAACCAAUUGGAAGAUGUGAUAAACCAAUUGGAACAGAUGUGUGCUAUUAAUAUAAAGGCCCAACAGGUGGGCAUUGAAUACGACGACCACAUUGUUUGUGAUGUGUGUCGCAGUCCCGAUGCCGAAGAGGGCAAUGAAAUGGUUUUCUGCGAUUUCUGCAAUAUAUGUGUCCAUCAGGCGUGUUAUGGCAUCACUGAUAUACCCGAAGGCGAUUGGCUUUGCAGACCGUGUAAAGAGUUUGGUUCGCAAAAGAAAGUCUCAUGUGUUUUAUGUCCCAAUUUUGGUGGUGCCUUAAAAUCUACCAGUUCUGCAAACCAAUGGUGUCACGUGUCAUGUGCUUUAUGGGUACCCGAAGUUAGCAUCGGAUGUGUCAGUACAAUGGAACCGAUCACCAAAAUUAAACAAAUACCUCAAACACGUUGGAAUCUCAUCUGUUCUCUAUGUAAUGUCAAACACGGAGCUCCCAUUCAGUGCUCGGUAAAGACAUGUAAAACAGCAUAUCAUGUGAUUUGUGCGUUCAAUCAUAAGCUUAAGAUGAAAGCUAUUGUGGAGAACGACAAAACAAAAGGAGUCAAAUUGAAAUCUUAUUGCAAGAAACACACAGAAAAUGGUGACAUCGAUGACGAGGGAAAUGUUAUUAAUAUCGACACCAAAGGUGACUCACUUAGUACACCUCAAAAAGCUCAGCACGAGAUUGAAAUUGCAACCAAUAUUGCUGAAGAUGAAGAUAAACAUGAAAAUGAUUUUUGGAAAUAUAUUGAUAUAAAUAAAGUACAACAAGAAUUGAUCCGAACCAAUCCGGACAACAAUUGGUCCAAAAAUGUUGUUUUCUUGGAUUUUAUAGUUCAAUAUUGGAAAUUGAAGCGAACUUCGAAUUAUGGCGCAUCUCUUAUUAAGCUUACAUCGUCGGCACAAUUUCAGGAACAGUUACAACAUCACCGAAAUGAGAUCUUAAGACUUAGAGUUGAUUUGGAGAGAAUCCGUAACUUGAGUUAUAUGAUAUGUCGUCGAGAAAAAGUCAAACGCAAUUGGAUUAAGACUCACCAAAACACCGUUGAAAAGACUAUUACUUCGUUCACUGGUGUGUCGGGAAAGGACGAUGAAGUUGUUCCUAAAAUUGUUGAAAUGAGUUGUGAAAAUGUUAAACUCGUUACCGAUAUUGUUAAUAAUAGUGUUAUCUAUAAAUAUAAUGAAAAUGACAAUAAAAAUCAAACCAAUAGUAUAGUCAGACAACUUAGAAGGCUAUCAAAAGUGGAUCAAUUGCAUAGACUUAAACCCAAUCCAUACGCAAAGUUUUAUAUAUCACAUCUUAAACGAAAACAUGAUAAUAAAUUAGAUAAUAAUUCUGACCAAACCUCGAGGUCGACAAUUGAAGCUAAACGUACCGGUAGUUUAGCUCAAAAACCGAUACAAUCAGUACAACAGAUAAAUGUGUUACCAAAACCAGUAAAUGGUUUGAUUAAUAGAAAUAAAAAUAGUGAUAAACAAGUUAAUGGAUUUUCAACACCAAAAAAUCAUAUGAAGUGUAAUAAUUUGUCGACAAUGAAUGGUAUACAUAACAGGAACAGUUCAUCUUCGGAUAUGUCAUCACCUGAAUGCAAACCAUCAAUGAAUUACAGGCAAUCAUCUCGUUCUCUGCUUAAACCUAAACACAUGAUCUCUUCGAAUUUGAUUAAUUCAAGCAAAGAGGACAAACAUUUUCCAUCAUUAGUUCCAGUGCUGACCAGAACUACAUUAAGCGGAUAUAAGAUACCAAAGAAAAAGCAGGACUCAGAUAGUCUCACCAAUCAAUUUAAAUUCGCGAUCGACGAAUCUAUAGAAAGGUUUAGACGUCGAUUAGAUCAACAAUUGUCUAAUAGAUCUCCAAAUAAGAAUUCCAACAAAUUUAAUUCAAUCAAUCAAACGAACCAACUGUUAGAAUCAUCGCAAGAAUUAAAUUGUUGUAAUAUUAAUAAAUCACAGACAGAACAAUGUAUAAAAAGAGGCAAAAAUAAUGGUAUUUAUAAUAAUUCUAAUAAAAACCACAGUUUAUUGCGAACCCGUGGCCAACACAGUCUCGAUGAGGACGCACUCAUGGCUUCGGCUAAAAAUGAUAUCGAUAUGAGACGACACCAAAGUUCAGGUUUCAAACAGUUUCUCAUUCAUUGACUCAUUAGAGUCUCAUUCAUUCAUUUCAAUACUUUUUAACAUUUCAUCUAAUUCUGAGCCAAACUUA